GCGGCGGCCACGGCGGCGUUCGGGAGCGGCGGAGCGGGCGGCGGGGCGGUGAGCGGCGCCAAGCCCGGCAAGAAGACGCGGGGCCGGGUGAAGAUCAAGAUGGAGUUCAUCGACAACAAGCUGCGGCGCUACACCACCUUCAGCAAGAGGAAGACCGGCAUCAUGAAGAAGGCCUACGAGCUGUCGACGCUGACGGGCACCCAGGUGCUGCUGCUGGUGGCCAGCGAGACGGGCCAUGUGUACACCUUCGCCACCCGCAAGCUGCAGCCCAUGAUCACCAGCGAGACGGGCAAGGCGCUCAUCCAGACGUGCCUCAACUCCCCCGACUCGCCGCCGCGGUCAGAUCCCACCACCGACCAGCGCAUGAGCGCCACGGGCUUCGAGGAGACCGACCUCACCUACCAGGUGUCCGAGUCUGACAGCAGCGGGGAGACCAAGGAUGUGCUGAAACCGACCUUCACUGUCACCAACCUGCCAGGGACAACGUCCACCAUCCAGACGGCACCUACCACCUCGUCCUCCAUGCAGGUCAGCAGCGGCCCCUCGUUCCCCAUCACGAAUUACCUGGCGCCAGUGUCUGCCAGCAUCAGCCCCAGUGCCGUCACCAGUGCCAACGGGACAGUGCUGAAGACUACUGGAGCCAGUGCAGUGACAUCCGGGGGCCUCAUGCAGAUACCCACCGGCUUCACCCUCAUGUCAGGUGGCACCAUGGCUCAGCAAGUCCCUGUCCAGGCGAUCCAGGUGCACCAGGCACCGCAGCAAACGUCUCCCUCCAGUGACAGCAGCACUGACCUUACUCAGACCUCUCCCAGUGGAACAGUGACCCUCCCAGCGACCAUCAUGACGUCGUCUGUGCCAACCACCGUGGGUGGCCACAUGAUGUACCCCAGCCCGCACGCGGUGAUGUACGCGCCCACCUCUGGCCUUGCGGAUGGUGGACUUGCAGUCCUCAAUGCUUUCUCGCAGGCACCCUCAGCAAUGCAGGUGUCCCACAGCCAGGUCCAGGAUCAGAGUGGCGUCCCCCAGGUAUUCUUGACAGCCCCAUCAGGCACCGUUCAGAUCCCAGUCUCAGCUGUCCAGCUUCACCAGAUGGCUGUCAUUGGGCAGCAGAGCAGCAGCGGCAGCAGCCUGACGGAGCUGCAGGUGGUCAACUUGGACACCUCGCACAACGCCAAGAGUGACUGAGAGGCCUCUGCUGCUGGCCUUGUGCCGUCCCUGGCUUGUCGUGCUGGGGCUGGCAGCAACUCUCGUACAGACUGCACCAGUUAUUUAUUGUUGCCUUUUCACGUUUCCUUCAUCCACACAUGCACACACACACGCACCCACCCACACACACAGCAUGCAAGGGGCUGCAGGACCCGCCUGGGGAGAAGCUGCGCUGAGGCCGUGCAGGGCUGGGGGCCGUUGGGAUGCUCGUCUCUCGCCAGCCAAAGAAGCUUGUCUCUUGAGGGGAGGGUGUGCUCCGUGCUGUACAUAAAUCCUGGGGGCCUUCCCCAGCUGGAGGCCCUUAGGGGUGCUCACCCUGUCUGUGGGUGUUUGUGUGGGGCUGGGGCCUGGAGCUGUCCUGCGGAGCUGCACAGGCCUCAGCAAUGUGCCUUUGUGGGGGGGAUGGGUCCCGGCUGCGGCAGCUCUCCCUGGCCUCUGCAGGGAGCAAGCGGCCUACUUGGACGUGCAUCUCUGGUUGGGUCUGGUGUAUGGCCCCAGCCUCCUCACGUGCACUACAGCAAGGCCUCCGCCCUCAGUGCCUCCUUGCUGGGCUGCCUGGUGGGUUGGCAGCUGCAGCACACAGCGGGUGCCCAGCAGUUCAGCAAGGCCCUAGGGGAGGGGGGGGGCUUUGCUGCCAGCUCAGUCCCGUGCUCCCAUCUUGGCCCUCAUGCUGCUUGUGGACUCCAUAUGCCCAAGGGGGGACGUGACUGGAUCUUUUCCGCAUCCCUCUGCUGCAGCUCCAGCCACCGCUUUCUAAAUUUUUUGAUGCAAGGUGGAGAAGCAACUCCAGUGCCAAAGGGAAGAGUCCGUGGGGCACUGAGCUGCUGGUGGGCAGCAUGCUCCUCCUGGGAGCACCGGGGCUGGAGGAGCCUCAGCAGGGCCACGGGAGAAGGACUGGAGUGUGCUUGGUCCUGCAUGGGAGCUGCUCCCUGGCCCUGCAGGGAGAGCGAGCAAGGAGCUGCUGCAUCCUUAGGGAGAGGAGCAGCUACUGUAACUUCUUUUUUUAAGUUAAAGACAAAAGAAGCCUUGGGGGGGAAAAAAAAGAAAAAAAAAAAAAAAAAAAAAAAAAAAAAAAGAAAAUGACUUUAUUUUUCUAAGUGUUAAACUCAGUAUUUAUGUAAUACUUUAAGGAAUAAAAGUUUGGCUCCUGUACAGUUUUCAUGGGGUUUGUACCUGGG